GCAGAUGGGGCCUCCAGCGUGGAGGAAGCCCGCACUGACCCCCCCCAUGUGAUGUUCGGGCGGUGCUGGUCGAGGUGUAGACGUCUCUACGGAGGCUUGUCUUUGAUCAAGUUAUGGUGCAGAGGUUCCACUUGGCGCGUCUGUUCACGUACAAGUUCACAAUUUAGUUGCGUUUUUGUCCGAGCGAGAUUAGGACUGGGGUUUGUCUGACAUUCUUUACCGCAAAUACUAGUUUGGCUAGGUCUAAUUCAACCGUUUCUAAAACAAUACUUGAACCAAAUGACAUCCUUCUUAGAAAAAUCUCUCUCUCUCUCUCACACAGAUACUUUAUCGCAUUACCGUCAUAUCUAGCCGAAUUCUGAUGGAUCACCGAUCCCUUUUCAAGUACUUCUUCAUGCCAAUAGAAUGUCAACAUGGUGCUGACUGACAGGUCACGUCACAGUGACCCAACUGUGGAAGGCCCUUUCUCGGGUGUAGCCUUAGCAGUACUAACCUCCUUCAAAUGAACUACAAAAUGUCGUGUUUCACUCAGACCAAAAGGAAAGUGCCUGCCUGUUUAUUGGAUGACCGGGGUGGUGGUUACCUAGGAAACGUAGUGAAGGGAUAGGUUCCGGCCCACAGGCGUUUGGCUUUCCCACGGCUUACAGUGCCAGUUGCUUAUUAUCCGAACCAAAUGAGCUGCUACGAGUGAAACUUUGUAGUUUAUUGAAUAUCACAUCGAAUAUUGUAGGUUACAUUAAUUGUUUAACGAGCGGACAUAUUUAAACGGCACUUGUGAGAUUCGAUCAUGUGAUGAAAAUGUUGGAACGGAAGACGCCGAAACAUCGUUUGUGACAAACAAACUCUAGAGAAAGAUCAUUAAUCUUGAGUAGAGUAGUUUUUAUAAUAUAUAAAUAUAUAUCGUGCGACGCCUCAUGGUUCUAAUGUAUGCUGAAACCGAUUUUAGAGUAGUGAUCCGGUCUGUUCCAUCCCGCCCCCUCGUGGGUUUGGGUCCGGGUCCAAGCUGAGCUGCCUCUUGACGUCGGACCUUAAAGCAGCGAUUUGCGCGAGUUUUACUUGAAGAUCGGCAAAAAACGAAAUGGAGACUGGCGUGCUAGCAUGUAGCUAGCCGUAGCUACUCUGCGUCUCCCGGAGUUCUCUAGAAUGUGUGUGCAGCCACGAUGUAUUGGAGAGUCUCUUUGACGCAUGCUGCAGCUGAGGCAGGGCAUUGGUUAUUGGCGCGAGAGCAAUGGCCGCCACGCAGUGUGUCUUCAAAGUGCUUAACAUCCGAUGCCUUUUACUCAAACCAUUCGAAAAAAACAUUUUUUUAAAAUUCUUGAAUGGAGAAAAAAAAAAAAUAUUUAUACUUAAAGAUAUUAAUAUAAUGCACCCAUACUACUUAUUUUUGCUAACAAAAAAAAAUCCUAUAUGACAUAGAGAUAAUUAAGUAGGACGUUAAUAAUGAAAUAAUAGUAAUAGUCACUAAUAAUUUAUCCCAGUUGAAAUAAUGCAAUAGGUUUACUGGUCAACCAUGGAGGCGAUGGCUUUGCUGCAUUGACUUACUGUAUGGAUGGUUCUUCUUUUAUUGUAUCGUUUUAGUUUUGGGAAGGUUGUUUUUGUCCUGUAAUAAGCAGACGAACUUUCAACCCCCCUCAAACUUGUGUUUGUUUGUAUUCGCUUAAACCCAGGGACCUGUAAUGAAACCUCUCCUUCCACUGUUCAGUUGUUCUCUCUCUCUCUCUCUCUCUGUCUCUCUGUCUCUCUGUCUCUCUGUCUCUCUGUCUCUCUGUCUCUCUGUCUCUCUGUCUCUGUGUGUGUGUGUUGUAAUGUCAAAGAAGUGAAUGACUGUGAUGGCCCCGCUAACAUGGGGACCACGUCUGACGUCUCGAUGCCUCUACACUGUACAGAUUCUCUCUCUUGGUCGUGGGAGGUGGGUUGAAAGUUUGUCGUCGGACAGAAUCGUCCUCAAUAGACUGUGCCUUUCCCAGAUGGUGCUGAAAACGAGUCAAAUCAAAGAUGAAAUCUUAACAUUCAAAUAAAUAAGUAAAAUUAUGUUUUGGGCGGUUUAGCCCGUGUCUACAUUGAUAAGUAUAUAUAUUGACACAUGACUAUACUGUAAGAUGUGAUAUGUGUAUGUAUAUGUAUGCUUUGUGUGUGUGUGUGUGUGUGUGUGUGUGUGUGUGUGUGUGUGUGUGUGUGCGUGUGUGUACCUCUGACAUAUGCCAAGAAUACAGAAUAUGCAGACCUGCUCAGUGUGGAUCUAACAGGACCAAAAGGUCGGUGGGAAUUGGUCACAACAAGCCGGGCACUCAAAAGCACAACCUGCAAAUUAGCAUUUCUAAGCCGGGUAACUUGUACACACACGUUUUUCGCUCCAAAGGUAACAAGUAGCUAAAUGUCAUGUAGCAUCUAAUUUAUUUUAAACCCGUUUUCCCCUAAUAUGUUUAAAGAUCAAAGUAUACUUUUCUCCCACUCUGCCUGGGCAGCAAUAACCAACGUUUUUGUUUUUAAACGCUUGUGCAAUGUGUGUUGUAUGCAUUACAGUUGGCCCAGAUUAUCCCGCAAGUCAAUUCUUAUUUUUAGACCAACCUUGUCUUAUAGUCCUCUUGUAACGUUGUUGUCAUUAGCCGGGGCCAUUGUAAGUGUGUGGUUCAUUGGGGGACCCUCAAAUUUCAUACGUACUAUUUAUACACAAGUUUACAGAGAUUACGAUACGAUUGAGUUUUGAUCCCAUGAUGAGUGCCCAUUUCCCAUGUAGCCGAUAGCAUUCCCCACAAAAAGGAAAUUGGUCAAUUCUACACUUCUUACGGUUGGCUGCAUAUCAUAUUCAAAUAAUGAUGAAACGUGAUGUUUUGGUUACACAGUAAAUUGUGCUUUUAUGUUUUGUUUGCUUGACUAUGAAAUGGUGUCACUUUUAGAAGUAUACUUGUAUGUCAAGACCUGUUUUGUCUUAACACUUAACUGAUACUGGUCCUAAGUUGAGCCUUUUUUUGGUCGUCAUAUUUAAUUGUUUUGAUUAAAUAUUAUAUGAAUGAAAGCUACUCGAGUGUGUUUUUGAUCUUUAAACAAACUGAAACAAGAUGUUACCAAGGCUAAUACAAGUUGGCGAAGCCACAUCAAAAUCGAUAUUCAGAAAUGAAUAGCAUCAUGAAAUCAAUAAAAAAAAUGGAAAUGCCAUUUUGCUUGAAUUUUGGCAUGUUAUUUUGAUCUAUACUUGACAUGUUACACAUGUUUUGGCUAUAUUUAAAUUCAUUUGAUAUAAAAAAUAUAUAAAGGUUGUGAUCCAUUACAAGUUUGUACAUUAUCCUUUGUGUAUAUUAUUUAUCUUCAAACUUUUUUUUCACCGGUAGGUCUUGGAUUGAUUAACCAAAUAAAGUGAGUAACAAAAUAAAAGCAGUGAUGGAUUAAUACUCAGUCAGUUUGUUAAGCGUUGCCAUGGUAUCUUAAUUAUUUAGCAGGUAGUUGCUCGUCGCCUAGCGACGGUCUGAUUAGUGGGCUACAUAGGAGCGGAAUCUUCCGGAAUCUCCUCCGCCGGACACCUUGACCAGUAUUCAACACCGGCCACAGCGCACCAGGCCGUCAGGAUGUCGACGAUCGAGGCCAAGCCGUGCCUCCACCACAGCGUGGCCGACUGGCAGAACAACAACCGCCUGCUGUCCGCCACCGCCGAGCACGAGAGGGACGUCUCGCACGUGAUCCGCCAGGAGGGGCGGGGCCUGCGCAACGAGACCACCAUCAAGACGCGGUGGGAUGAGAGCGACACCUGCCGCCGGCUGGGGGUGCGGCUCUGGGACGUGUCGCGCUGUAAAGACUCCCUGGAGUCCAGCGCGGUGGAGGUGGACACGGAGAUGGAGGCUCUGACGCUGGCGAAGGAGGAGCUGGAGCAGGCGCUGGGGGCCACGGCGGUCCCGCUGCAGGUCACCCAGGAGUGUCUGACCCUGAGGCAGGGGAGGCGGGGCCUGGAGCUGGUCGGCGACCCCGUGGAGGAGGAGCUAAAGCAGGAAGUGAGGCUGAUCGAGAGGGUCCAGCAGGAGCUCCAGCAGCACGUCGGCCGCACCUUUGAGCAGCUGUGCGUUCUGCAGGAGGCCCGUCACCAGCUGACCAUGGACCUCCAGAACAAGAUGGACGCCCUGGACGUUGACCGGAUCUGCCUGUCGCUCACCGUGAAUUCGGCCCAGAUCUCCCUGAAGACCAACCCACUGCGCAUACCUCCAGGUACCGUGACCCCUCAAGAGUGGGCGCAGUUCAGCCAGUAUAACGUGACCGUCGCCCAGGAGGCCAUGCUCCUCUCCCAGCAGAUGAGGGAGAACGCCAGACUGACCCGCUCCAAGCUGCAGAAUGAGUUGGAGAAGCAGCGCAGAGCCACCGAGUUCGCCCUCCGCAAACGCACCCACACCGAGGAGCAGUCCCGCCAAGAGCUGGAGUGGCAGCUCAAGAUCACUGAGGACGAGAUCUCUGAGAUGGAGGCGGACAUCCGGGGUCUGGACCAGGACCUCCGGGUGAAGACCGCCUCCCUGAAGCUGGCCCACACCCGGCUGGAGAACAGGACCUGCCGACCCGGCAUGGACCUCUGCAGGGACCAGGUUCAGCUGGGGCUGGUGAGGGAGGUGCAGCAGCUGGAGGCCUCCAUCAAGGCCCUGGACCAGAAGCUAGGCGAGGCGCAGCACUCCCUGCAGAAGAUGUGUCUCCAUCACGCUCGCAUGACCCAGGACCUCAACAGGAAGCAGGAAGCCCUCUCUCUGGAGCAACGCAGUCUCAACACGCGCCACCGCCUCACCGACGCCACCUGCGCCGCCGUGGGCGGAGACAAGCCGGCCGUCGCCGGAGUCGUCCCCCUCGCCAACUCCAGCGGCCGGAGCCGUCUGAGGACCCUGGCCUGAAGGCGCUGGCCUGAAGGAGCUGGCCUGAAGGAGCUGGCCUGAAGGCACUGGCCUGAACAAGAUUCUGUGUCGGUGGUUGUGGUGAGGAGAUUUUUAAAAGUUAUCUGAAGGAACAGCUUUGGUUUUUUGUGUUAUUUUGGUCGCUGGGAAUCGAUGUUAAAUGUUGACUGGAGGGAAGAAGAGAUGAGGGAAGAAAGGAAUGAGUCACAGGGAAAUUGCUGGCUGUCGCGGCCUCUGAGGAAUUGAGGAUUGGUAGAUCUGAGAAGAAGUGAUGAUGACUCACUGUGAAUUUAAAGGUUAAGCAAAGGAUUGACCUUGGAAGAGAGGGAGGGAGGAAAGGAAGGAAGGAAGGAAGGAAGGAAGGAAGGAAGGAAGGAAGGAAGGAAGGGAGGGAGAAAAACAGUUAUCCUAAUUCCUUGAAAGCUUUGAAGGGAACAUGCACAAUGAGAAAACUCCUGUUUAGAUUCAAAAUUACAUAAGAUCACAAAAGAAUAUACUAUUUAAAAAAACAUGUGUUUUAAGAUGCAAUAAAUCGACAACAGCUCUCCUGGUGGUAGCGUGCGUUUUAUUCCAUCGAGGUCAUCUCGAUUUACGCUUGAAUGAAAGGUGUGCAUUCGUGUUUUUAUCAAUUGCCAAGCGAGGCAGCAGCCCCGGCCACUCUUGUCUCACGUUGCCAU